UUAUCAUUUAUUUCUUACAAAUGUGUGUAUUUGUUAAGAUUACAACAUUAAUUUAUAAAAGGAGAUAAAGAUUUUUUAACAUCAGUGUUUUAAAAACCACCACCACGCGUGUGUUACUCGCCCUAUUAGUGGUCGUGGCUCUUGUCGCAGCCGCACCAAAGAAUCCCCAGAAGAUCGUUGGCGGUGACCAAACGACCAUUGAUCAAUAUCCACAUAUGGUUGCUCUAUUGCACUCCUUUAGCACAACCGGUCAUAGACAAUUAUGCGGUGGCACCAUCAUCAACAACAGAGCCGUUCUCACCGUCGCACAUUGCUCUAUAGGCGACCCGGUGUUCAGGUGGCAAAUUCGCGCAGGAUCCACCUACGCUAACAGUGGUGGUAUAGUGUAUACUGUGGCAGCCAUCAUGAGUCAUCCAGAAUUCACUUUCGAAGUCAGAGAAAAUGAUGUGGGCAUCUACCAAUCCACUACCCCUAUUAUUUUCACUAACGUUAUCCAACCUGCCAGUAUUGCUGGUCCCAAUUAUUUUAUUGGAGACAACGAAGUGGUUUGGGCAUCUGAUUGGGGACUACUUUGGUAUAAUGGUCCACAACUUGAAGAGUUGAGACAUGUCCAACUAAGGACUGUAAACUAUGAGGUUUGCAGAGAUAGUUAUACAGAUAUAAACCCCAAAUAUAUAUUUAUCUCCCCAAAUAUGUUAUGUGCUGGCUGGUUCGGUAUCGGUGGACGUGACCAGUGCGCUGGCGACUCUGGUGGUCCAGUUUAUCAUAAUGGGGUCGUCGUCGGUAUAACCUCGUGGGGUUAUGAAUGUGCUCAUGCCCGCUUUCCUGGUGUUUACACUCGUGUUUCAAAUUUCACUAGUUGGAUAGUGGACAACGCAUAA